AUGCUAUAUGUCCAUUCCACCUCCAAUCGAUGUACGUCCGUUGCAGAUGGCAACUUUCAUGGCUCUUCGUGGCUUGUCGGCUCAUGGAUAACAACCAAAGAGCUUAUUGAAGCUGUCAGUUUGCAGGACAACAAUGCUCGUAACAACUUCCCUGGCACUACCGCCUGCCAACAGUUGAAUGUUGAACGCCAGCCUUUGCUAUCAUCACCUGACUUCCGUCCAUCGCCACUCUCGUUAUUGAAUCCUCUCCUAUGGAUCUUUCUCGAAAAUCCACGUUGUCCCGACUCCCGAUUUAACACACUCUGGAGUUCGUCCGUGUCGGAUUCCAAACCAGCGACAUUCGGCAAGGUCAAAACCUCUAACGAUCACUCUGCUACCACUCUCAAGACCUUGAAAGCCGUUGGAAAUCCGAGUCAAGCAGAAACACUUCGUGAUUCCAUAACAGAGGCGACGGGGGUGUUGGAAACCUUGACUACUGCGAAACAUAUCGGCCAUGACCUUCGACGACUCGGUCAAGAGAUAUGUGGACUUGUCAUUGAUAUUGCGACUGGAUAUAAAAAGACGCCCGCGGCUCAAGACUUCCAAGUUGGUAUCGAGGAGAUUGACAUAUCACAAGUUUCAAGACUUUUAUGUCACAAGUACUUCAGCUAUCCCCGAUGGAUGACGUUCAUAUGUCGACAAUCCGAUAGGGGGAAGGCAGCUGAGCUAAGAUCAGGUGUUGCAGGUAUUGCCAACGGGGUGUCCGGCAAGAAUAAAUUCGAAGCUCUAAUCACCCUGGAACUUUGGAACGAGGAGAACGCAACGCCAAUGAAGCACUUGGAGUAA